AUGCCAGUCUCAGAAGUUGCGAAGAGAGUUCUAUCUAUUCAAUCUUCUGUCAGCCACGGCUAUGUAGGUAAUAGAUCUGCUACGUUCCCCUUGCAAUUGCAUGAAUGGGAAGUGGAUGUUGUACCUACAGUUCACUUUUCUAACCAUCUUGGCUAUGGUAGUACAAGAGGUCGUGCAUGCAAGCCAUCGGAGGUUCUGGAGCUCCUGGAGGCUUUGUUAGAAAAAAAUCAUUUUGUCUACGAUGCAAUUUUGACAGGCUUCAUCCCAAAUCAACGGAUCCUCCAAGUGGUUUCGAAGCUUCUAAUUGAGUACCAAAGUCGACACCCACAUGUGAAAUGGAUAGCAGAUCCUGUCAUGGGAGACCAAGGAGAAACUUAUGUAGAGGAAGACGUUUUAAACACGUAUAAAGAUGUUUUAUCACAUGCCUUUUUGAUAACGCCAAACGCCUUUGAAGUCAAAUUGUUGACAGAUGUUUCUGUGGUGAACAAAGCCACUGCAUUAUAUGGACUAAAGCGUAUUUAUGAAUUAUACAAGGUUCCACAGGUAGUAAUUACUUCGUUUGAAGACGCGGAUAAUUCAGAUUUACUAUUUUCUAUGGGAUAUUCCCUCAAAGAAAACACCUUUUACUCCUUUUUGUACUCGUAUCCUUCACUUUCCGGAAUAUUUACAGGGACAGGAGACUUAUUUUCAGGUUUAACGUUGGCCAAGUACGUGGAUGAGGAAUCUCGACAAAAAGAUAAAACAUCAAAGAAUGAAAGGGAGAAAAAUUCAAGUUUGGGGUUUUUCACAGAAGUGAUUGGGCAAGUUUUGACUUGUAUGCGUUUUGUCCUUAUAAGAACAAAAGAAUAUACACUUCAACAGCUGAAGCAUGACAGUAGCAUUGAAAAAAAUCGGUUUUUACUUAGCAAUGCCUGCGAACUUCGACUCGUCCAAUCCAGGGAUGAUCUUAUUUCGAAGAAAAAUAUCUAUACACCUGAAGAGUGGAAUGGUUUGGAGCGAAACUUUUAA